GAGAACAAGUUUCCGUAUCGGUGAGUGUGUGACUUAAUCGAAACUGAAUCGAGGUGACUGCCGAUUAAGUUCAAUCUGACACUUCCUCGCUACCUCCCUCAAAAUAUCGAUUCUCCUACUCGGCUUUCAAAGAAGUUGUUUAUUCAAACAGUUUAUUAUCGCUGUAACAUCAUCUCGAGGUGACCUCCGAUAGUGUCAUCAGUGAGCACAUUACAAUGUGUAUGUGACCUAUGUGCGCGCAGUGAAGCGCUCAUUUGUGUCCAGUAACAAGUAAGAGAGCGAGUGCUUGGUAUAUAAAGGAAGAGUUUUUUUUAUCAAUCAUAUCAGUCGGUGAUUACUAAAUUCGCUUAGUGGUAUCGCGAAACUACCAAACACAGCUAUUGUCGUAUCAUCAGCAACACGAUGCCGGCAGCUCAAGAUUCCGUGAUAAGAAAACUCAACGCCGGACUCGUGACCGCGUGCGUAAUCGGCCUCGUAUUGUCGUACUACGCGUACCUGGUGGAAACCAAGAGGGAACAUGACAGUUCGUACGAACCGAUGUGCGACAUCUCCGAGCACAUCAGCUGCACCAAAGUGUUCAUGUCUGAAUAUGGCAAAGGAUUCGGACUGAUGCCGAAGAAUUCCAUGUUUAACGUUCCAAAUUCCAUAUACGGUUUAUUAUUUUACACGCAGAUGUCAAUUUUCAGUAUGAUUAACGAUUACGCCUUCUCUGGCGUGGUUGUUGCUCUGGGACUGCUUUCUAAUAUCGGCUCGAUAUAUUUGGCUUAUCUGUUGUAUAUGUUUAAUGAUAUCUGCGUGGUGUGCAUUAGCACAUACGUUGUAAACGCGGCGAUUACGUAUCUUGCAAUUAAGAAGUUUCGAAUAUUGCACGUCAGUACCAAGAACAAAAAGAAAAUGAAAUAAAUGUGAGAAGUUUAAUCGCAAUUUUUGCACAGUUACGAAUUGAAGAUAUUAAAAAUUCUUUUUUUUUUUUUACUAUAUAUUUUUUUAUUCAAUUUAUGUGUCAAUGUAUAUAUAUUUUUUUAGGCAGAGAUAAUAUCGUUUAGAUUACCUUUCCAUCGUGAAU